GUCAAAACAUCCCUGGGUAAAGCACUGUAUUAUACACAGUUCUAGACAAACAGUUUCUAUCAAAUCAUCAUGUAGUUUCAAAAUUGCGGGUCCGUUUCAAGUACCCGAGGUAACUAGAUGGUGGUUACCGGGGGUCCUCCGAGAGAACAUUUUCCGAAAGCUUUAUAUAUAGGCAUUUCCCUGCUCCCUUCUACUUCUACCAACCAUUAACAAAGUUCAUCAAAAUGUACGCUGCUUCCAAGUCUCCUAAGCAAUGGGUCGCAUCCCUCAACUCUGAGAUGGAUAUUCCCGCCGUCGACCGUCGUACUUCCAUCAUCUGUACCAUCGGUCCCAAGUCCAACAAUGUUGAGACUAUGUGCAAGCUCCGUGAUGCUGGUAUGAACAUUGUUCGUAUGAACUUCUCUCACGGUUCUUACGAAUACCACCAAUCGGUCAUUGACAAUGCCCGUAAGGCCUCUGCCACCAACCCUCUCUUCCCCUUGGCCAUUGCCUUGGAUACUAAGGGUCCUGAAAUUCGUACCGGUUUCACCAUCGACGGCCAAGACUACCCCGUCUCUACUGGUCAUGAAAUGAUCUUCACCACUGACGAAGCUUAUGCCGAGAAGUCUGACAACAAGGUUAUGUACAUUGACUACCAAAACAUCACCAAGGUUAUUGAAGUCGGCCGUAUCAUCUACGUCGACGAUGGUAUCCUUUCCUUCACCGUCAUUGAGAAGAUCGAUGACAAGAACUUGAAGGUCCGCACCAACAACAACGGCAAGAUCUCCUCCAAGAAGGGUGUUAACUUGCCCAAGACUGACGUUGACUUGCCCGCUCUUUCCGAAAAGGACAAGUCUGACUUGCGCUUCGGUGUCAAGAACGGUGUCGAUAUGAUCUUUGCCUCUUUCAUCCGUCGUGCUGAAGACGUUCACAACAUCCGUGAAGUCUUGGGUGAAGAGGGUAAGAACAUCAAGAUUCUCUGCAAGAUCGAGAACCAACAAGGUGUCAACAACUAUGACGAAAUCCUCGAAGCCACCGACGGUAUCAUGGUUGCUCGUGGUGAUUUGGGUAUUGAAAUUCCCGCCUCUCAAGUUUUCGUCGCUCAAAAGAUGAUGAUUGCUAAGGCUAACAUUGCCGGCAAGCCUAUUGCUUGUGCCACUCAAAUGCUCGAGUCUAUGACAUACAACCCUCGUCCCACUCGUGCCGAAGUUUCCGAUGUUGGUAACGCUGUUCUCGACGGUGCUGACUUGGUCAUGCUUUCCGGUGAAACUGCCAAGGGUAGCUACCCCGUCGAAGCCGUCACCUACAUGGCUGAGACUGCUCGUGCUUCCGAGGCUUCUAUCCCCUACGGUAACCUCUACCAAGAGAUGUUCUCUCUUGGCCGCAAGCCCGUCAACACUCCCACCGAGACCACCGCUGUCGCUGCCAUCGGUGCUUCCAUUGAGAGCGACGCCAAGGCCAUCAUUGUCUUGUCCGUCACCGGUACCACUGCUCGUCUCUGCUCCAAGUACCGUCCCUCUAUUCCCAUCAUCAUGGUUACCCGUGAUGCCCAACGUGCUCGUCAAGCUCACCUCAACCGUGGUGUCUACCCUACUAUUUAUGAGAAGGCUGCUCUCUCUGACUGGCAACAAGAUGUUGAUGCUCGUGUUGCUUUCGGUUGCGAGCAAGGUUACAAGAUGGGUCUCCUUAAGAAGGGUGACAAUGUCAUUGUCCUCCAAGGUGCCGUCGGUGGUAAGGGCCACACCUCCAUCUUCCGUCUCACCAAGGCCGAAUAAAUGUAUCACUAAUAGUUUUGAGCUAUUGGAAGCGGUAGGAAAGUCAGUCAACACAUAUUUGUGUUGACAUCAUAUUUUGUAUUCAUAUUUUGGAUUCUUAAUGGUUUCGAUAGUUAUAUAAACCUGUCAAAUGGUUUACUUUUAUCGGUUAGGUCGAUGUCUUUUCGAUGAAAAAAUGUUUUGACGUUGAAAGUAUAGCUUUGUAUUUCGUAUAAUGUGUAGUGUAUAUAUUCGUAA